AGGAGUCUACUGCUGCGGGGUACCCCAAUCAGGAUGUGCCCUCUGCGGUUGAGGACGUGGACGCGAACCCGCCUGAAGACGCGAACCCCCCUGAGGAUGACGAUGCUGCGAAGUCUGCUGGGGAGAAGGAGUCGGCGCCCGAGGACGGCACGGCCGAGAAACACUCCAAUGAUGAGGUACCCACGCUGAACGAGGAUGGUGUAGUCGAGAAGGAUUCCAGCGAGGAGCUGCCGGAAAUGAUCGAGGACGCCAUUGCCGAGAAGUACUCUAACACGGAGCCGCCUUCAAUGAGCGAGGAUGCCACUGGCAAGAACGACACGUAUUCCAACAACGAUGCGCCCUACGUAGACGAGGACGGCAUGGCCGUGAAGACUUCCAAGAAAGAGCUGCCAAGUGUUGAGCAGGAUGGCACAGCGACGAUGUGGUCCGAGAAGGACUUGCCGAAUGUGGAAGAAGUCCCUGCGGAGAAUGCGCUGGAGCGCCUCAUCAACAAAGGCCCAGGGGAUCGUUUCAAGGAGCUGCACGACGAGCAGCUCAAGAUCCACGAAGCCCUGCGGGAGAAGAGACUCCGCGAGGAUCCCGUGUCCAACAAGUACUCCAUGAAGGAGUUGCCCGCUGUGGGCCAGGACGGCGAGCGCUCGAGCCUGGACGAGCCGGCCGCGCAGCCGCCCGCCGCGGGCCAGGACGUGCACGCGCCGCCCGCCGGGGCCGCCGCGGCCGGCGCGCCGGCGGGCCACUCCGCCGAGGCGCUGAGCGACGCGCUGCGCCCCGCCGGCGCGGCGGCCGAGCCGUCGGCGGCGCCCUCCGGCGAGGGCCGCCCUCCAGCGGACGAGGUCGCCCGGCGGGCCGCCGCCGUGCCCCGACAGCCGCCCGGGCUGCCGAAGGCGGGCGACAUGGAGGACGACCUGGAGUGGGAUACGGUUCCCGAGAAGGAGGCGGCGCCGGAGGGCCUCGGCCCGGCGGAGGCCCCAGUGCGCCCGCACGCGGUGGGGGGCUUGGGCCCUGCGGACGUCGCUCCUCAGGACCCGCCCGCGACCCCGGGCGCGGGCGCGGAGCCUGGCGCGGAGCCCAGCGAGGACGCCGAGCAGCCGCAGGCGGGCGACGAGCCUGUUCUGCCGGUGGACCCGGGCGCGAAGGAGCUCUGGGAGGCGAAGAACGCGCACUUCUCGGAGAAGGAGGCCAAGGAGGCCUACAAGCGGAUCCGGGCGUCGCGGGCGGCCCAGGAGCAGAGCCAGGAACUCGCCCGCGUUUGGGACCCCGAGAUGAAUCUGAUGUUGAUCGGGCUCGCGAUCUGGAUCCUGGGCUGCGUCGGAGUCUCGGAGCUCCGGAGGGUGGGGCAGCUCAAGCCCGUCCCGACGCGGUGAUGGGCGCCCGCCUUUGCCCUCCGCUCGUCGGGCACUCCAGUUGGUAGCGGACCGGCAGGUUCGUGUCGUGUCGACGCGGCGGGGACCCCAGCGCUUGCGUGCAGAGUUGAGCGUCGCCGUUGGC